CGGGCCAGCAUGACGACACCCGGGCCGACGAUCCCCAAGUUCCACAUCAAGCGGGAGGCGCCGCCAGUGGCCGACGAGCUCAGCGACGACGAAGUGGCGUCACCUCCGCGCCAAAGCAAGUUUGAUCUUCCCAAAGACGCGCUGAAGCGGGAGAGCGUCCCCACGAACUUCUACUUCGUAGAGUCGUCCAAGAACUACGAGAUCGAGCGCCACUUGCAGCUCUUCAAGCGCAAGGCUGACCCUGCCAAGACCGAGCACGGCGCCAAGAAGAGCAAGAAAGACAUCUCUGACAAGAAGACGCCGGCGACGAUCGACAUGGCCGACCUCGUGCGCUCCAACGACGCACUCAAGCGCUCCAACGACGAAGUAGUGCGCUCCAAUAAGGCCGUGAUUGCAGCCAACGAAACAGCGUGCGCGCGAGUGAGGCCCUCUGCAAGGAGCUGCGCCAGGCCACGACCACCGUCAACAGCGCGUUGAAAGUCGUCUCGACAGUCUGGCAGCAGUACCAAAAGCUGCUCGAGCGCGACAUCUUUUUGCGACAACAGGAAAUGCGCCGCCGCGGCACCGACGAGUACGACGACGAGUACGACGACGACGUCCCGCGCAUCUCGGUGUGAUCGCAACAGCUAUAUUUUAAUCCGACUUCCGCAC